AAUUAAUAACCAACCCCCAGUCGUUUCAUCAGUUAUUGACUGACUUACUGAAGGAGUGAAGGUGUAAUUAAACCUUAACAAACCUAUACUUUUGGAUUGAGUUUCCAAUAAAUAAUCCAAAGGUACAAAAACAAAUUAUUUAACGGUCAGUUAUUUAAAAUGAAAAAGGAAACAACUUGGCUUUUAACAAAAAGAAACGAAAUAAGGAAAUAACGAUCAAUAAAUGAUCGUUUUACAAAAAAAAGGAAAUUUAAAAAAAACUUGCAAAAAUAAGGAAAUAAAGACCUAGUUUUGCAACAUCGCUCUAUAUAUAUAUAUAUAUAUAUAUAGCUCACUCGUUCCCCAAGGAUUUCAAUCUCAAAGUCUCUCUCUCCCUCUUAAGACCCAAAAAAAAUCAUCAUCUUUCUAAUACGGAAUUAUUUAGGGUUUAUUGUCGUUUGAAUCUUCUUCUACUAUUGCCAUGGAUAUAGAAGAAACUAAUAUAAUUGAAGUUGAAACGAAGGUGAUGAAUCUAGCGCUAAACAUGGAGUCUAUGAACAUUCUCUCAAUCCGUGUACACAAUCUGAUUGAAGAUUUUACCGAAGACGUGAUUUUACAUAUAAGAUCACGUUACAUCCGCUUGGAGCCACACGGCUUCACGCCAAGUCAUAUCUCUGAACUCCUUCGUGGCCAACAAGUUGAUGAAUCUCAACACAUAGGUGAAAAGAUCGCUAAUGAAAUCAAUCGUUCACUUAGCAAUGAUAAAACUCUCCGAGAGCCUGUCUUCGUGAACGUCGAAGUUGAAUUCGUCAAAGAGAGGCGUUUGGUUGUGCCGUCUGAUGUUCCUGCUUCGAUUGAAGUUUUACAGAGGUUGGUGGAAGAACAUAUAGUGGAUUUGAACGGAAAUAAAGAAGCUAUGUGUUCAAUUUGCAUCGAGGAUUUGUCCAAGAGUCAACAAAGCAUCAUUGAGAUGCCUAACUGUUUGCAUAUGUUUCAUCAAAACUGUCUUUUUGAGUGGCUUGGUCGGAAAAACUCGUGUCCGUUGUGCCGGAGAUUCGUACGACCUAGGAAUAGGAUCAAGAAACAGAAACUCGAAAACGUUACAGCUUCAGGGGUUUCGAUUAUGUUGCGAAUUGUUGACACUCAUCCUUAUGUUAAUUAGUUCUUAUAAGAUGAAAUUGUUUACAAGUAUCAUGAAUUAUUGACUGACUUACUGAAGGUGUAUUCACUAUAUAAUCAGAUCACAAUUAGAUUUUUUUUUUUUUUAAGGAUUGUGAUGAUUAAUCCUUAGCAAUUCCAAC